AUGUCAUAUUCUAACAACUAUUCUUGGGGUACUCAAAAUAGUAAUUCAAAUAAUAAAAAACAAGAUGCUCCAUUAAAUGUUAAAAAUUGGCAACAAUUAGGAGCUGGUAAUCAGGUUUCAUGGAAUCAACAGCAUGUACCAUUGGCACCACAAUCUGUAUAUCCAGAGCAACAGCAAAAUUGGAAUAACAAUUACUAUCAAAAACCACCACCAUCUCAUUCAUCACAGAUGAAUUAUAAUGCAGAAAAAAAUUACUCGUGGAACCACCCUGUACAACAAUCUGAAUCCUAUCAAAAUCAACAAAAUCCUCAACAAUACCAGGUUCAACCAGGAAUUUCGCAGCAGUACUCAUUUAAUAACUCAGUAAAUGUAUCCAAUCCACCCUAUUACAAUAUAGAGCAACAAAUGAAUUAUCAACAAGGAAAUGUUAACUCUCCUGAUCCAUGGAAUUGGGGCUGGGAUGAAUCGAGUAAUAAUUCACCAGCGACUUCAGCCAAUAAUAAUAUUUCGAAUGAUUCUAGGAAUAAGUGGAACACUAGUGAAAAUGUUCAAGAAACAUUCAAUCCUAUUCAAAACUAUUUUCAGCAAGGAAGUAAUUUUACUCAAAUGAUGCCGCCUGAACAAGAAAUGAAUUUAAAUACUGUAGAAAAUUAUAGAAAUGAACCCCUUUUACAGCAGAAUAUAGCUUCCGCACCAGUAGAAGUUCAGCAAGAUUUUUAUGAAAACGAUGAAAAGUUGAGUUUUAAUACAGAAAAAAAUAACGAAAUUUUAAAUGUUAAGCAAGAUGUAAAAAAUGAAUUUUUAAAUAAUCCAAUGUCUCCCGGAAAUAUGAAUAAUUUAAAUUUCCGCGAAGGCGAAAUGAAUUCUAACUUUGACAUAAAAUCCGAAGAAACUCAGUCAUUUUGUAGUAAUAAUAGUUUGUCUAAUAAUAGCGAAUUAAAAACCGAAAGAUUAUCACCUGAUUCCUGCAAAACUCCCUUAACCACCCAAGCACUGAGAGAUUUUUGCAAUGAAAAAUAUGAAAACGGACCAAUGGACUCAAAAUUAUUUAGAAAUUCCGAAGCACUAACACCGCAGUGGUCGGUAGAGAGUCAAGUUAGUCAAGACACCGCUUCGGAUGACAUAUCAUCAUCAUUGCAGGAAGGUUGCGCAAGUGAUCUCUCUGCUUGGGAUUCCACUUCCGGUCAUCAUCAAACUAAUGACAAUACAAUGGAUAAUAGUGUUAAUAAUUCUCCUGGUAGUACUUUUCAAAACAAAGAUGUCAGUACCAUUAAACAACCUCAAGUACCUCAAAAUCAAGAAGGCUCUCACAUGGGGGGAAAUAGUUUUUUUGUAAAAACAGAAGAAAAUUUUAUUGCUGAAGAAAGACCUAAUCAACAAGUAAUAGUAAGCGAUAGUUUACCGCCAACCACUACGAUUCCGAGGACCACAGAUGAAUCUGGAAAAAAUCCGUAUGCGUUAAAGAAAAAAUUUUCUCAUAAAGGAUCCAAUCUAAAUAAUAAUUUCAAUAGCAGCGAACCUACAAAUUUAGUCAAACAAAUGGAUGCUUGCACAUUAUCGAGCGAUAAUUCAGUAAAUUCAAGUUUUUCUGGAAAUGGAUCAGUAAACGAUCGAAAAAAUGAUUCAAACGUUUCGUAUCAGCCAGAUCAGCAUAUCGCUAAACGAGAUGAUGUAGGCGAUGAAACAGUGAAUCAAGAAACGAUACCAGAUAAUGAAGAACGACCAGAUGUCGAAGAACAUAAAAAACCAGGUUUUAAACCUGUUGUGAAAUAUCCCCCGAAAAAUUCUAAGACGUCAUCAUUAUCAAGAUCACAUAAACCUUUGCCCGUCGGAUCGGAUAAUCAAGAAAUGACUUCCCGACCUGAUCGAAACCAAUAUUUGGAAACAGGACAACUCGAAGAUCAAUUACAGACAGAUUAUACUUACAAUGACAUUGAAUUGGCUUCUGAGUCUAUGCCUCCGCCAGGAUUGUCUCGACACGUACCUGAAUCCAACAUUGAAAAUAAUCCUCAAAAUAAUGCCUUAAAUAUAUCUUCGCCUCCUCCAGGAUUAGAUCGAAUGGUUUUAGGUCAAAUCACGGAAAACGAAUCACAAGUGGCUUCUGAAUCUAAUUCCCGACGUGCGAAUCAAAAUACACCUCCUCCCGGACUUCAUCGUAUGGUUCCCGGACAAUUAAACGACGAUCAAGAACAAUGUUCCAUCGAAGAAUCGUCGAAUGUUUUACCUAAUAAUUCGAGGCGAAGCGAUGUUCCGCCUCCGGGACUCCGUAGAAUGAUUCCAGGAGAAUCCAGUAGUCCCGAAUCUCAAAAUAAUAUUCAAAUGUCGAUGGAACCGAGAGUUCAAAGAGUGGUAACGGGAGUUGCCAAAGAUGAAAUUAGUAUUAAUCCGAUUCAGACCAACAUGCCCUCGUCGUCGCCUACUCCAGAGAGUGAGAAUCCGUGA